AUGGACCUGGCAGACUGGUCUUCUCAUCAGUGGGCCCAGACGCUCGGCUGGUUGCAGGGUCCGGCGAGAAACCGAAGCCAUGUGGAGGCGGACAUAAAACUGGCUCUGGCAUCGCGGCUCACAGCCGCCACGCCGCUGCUGCGCGCGGCAUCAGCGGAAUGGAGGUCUCCGCAAGAGCUUUGCUGGCGAACCCGCGCAAUGGUGGAGAACUACACCCACUGUGCUCUGGGCCUCAUCUCCUUGCGCUCCUUGGCCAAGGCUGCGGGCCUUGGUGGUGCUGGGGAUGUCUUGGCCGGACAGGACGCGCAGGUGCUCUACGGCAUCUCACGUCAAGGCUACCGCCUGCUGUGCCAGAGCCGCCCCUGCCACUGGUCCACCGGCACGUGGUUUGAGAUCGCUGUCUACGCUUUCACCAUGAAUUUCUGGCUGGCGAACUCCCGUAUGCAGGCCUGGCCCCUGGGGCGCCGCCGCGAGGCGAGCAACGCCACGUGGUCCUUUGGGGCAAACUGGCUUCGCAUGGUCUCGGCGCAGCAGACGACUGAUCAGGUCCGGUGGGCCGGGCUCGAGGCUGCCAGCCUUCACCUGCACGGCUUCCUCAACCGGCGUAGUUUGCGCAACUUGGCCUUCCUGGAUGUCGGCUGCGGUGCUGGAUACAACUCGCUGGCCGCGCUACAGGCCGGCGCAAGGCGCGUUGUCAGUGUCGACGUGGACGAAGGCUCGCUGCAAGCGACCCGCUUGCUCCGCGAGUGGGCAGCCGAGUCAACUGGGCUGCCUGUGGAGCGGUGGAGGGUGCAGUACCUGGAUGCUUUGGACAAGUCUGCCUUUGUCGGCUUGGGAUCCUUCGACGUCAUCUACAGCUACGGUGUCCUGCACCACACCCCCGCGCCUUUUGUCGCCCUCAGCAACCUCUUGGAUAUUGCCUCGCCCCAAAGGGGAAUUCUGUGGAUCGCAGUCUACCCCUUGGAUACCAAGGACCCAAUCAAGAUCUGGCGCGAGAAGCGGCGGCGGAUCCAGCUCUACCGAAGGGGCGAGGCCCCGAUGCGACGUGUGUGGGAGUUGGAGCAGGCCUUUGUCGAUCUGAUGUACGUGGCCACCACAGGCAAGGAUCUCCGUCAAUACGUCUUCGGUGUGGGCGACGACUCCCACCACCAGCAGCGCGGCACCGACUUCCUUGCGGAUACUCGAGACACUUUGGGAGGCUGGCCGGUGAACCACUUGGGGGCCCGUGCCAUCGUGGACUUCGUGGAGCGCCGAGGCUUUGAAGUGCUGAAGCUACGGCUCUUCGGAAAUAUGGAGUUCCUGAUUUGGCAGCCGGGCCCCUCCUCCGCGGCGGCGCCCGUUGCGGAGCGCCGCUUCUGCACUGCCUUCGCUCCGAAGUGGGGCAGCAUCAUGCAGUUUCUCAAUGACGGACGUCGUGAGGGCUUGGCCUCGCCGGUGCCGCCCUGGGUGGCCAACGCCAGUGACGACAUCCCUACUCUGGAGGGGCUACAGAAAGGGCGGACCUUCAAUCUCUUCGGAGCUCGCAAUGUGAUGCUCCUGCAAAAUGGCCGUGUCUACGGCUCGCCCCACGGGCAGGGCUACCACAUGGAGCGCCUCCUGCCAUGCCAGACGAGCAUCUACGGCAUCAGCCAUGGAAGCGUGGUUGUCUUCCCAGCCCCCGCAAGCUUCCGCGUGGGCGAGGAUCCCCGUGCAUCCGAUGCCGAGGCGACGCACAGCUGGCAGUUGUGCCGAGUGCCCACCGAUGAGUUCGAGUCGGUCACGUCUCGGUUCCACAGGCAAGCGAGGCAAGCGGUGGCACAGUUGCGCGUGCGGCGCGCGACUCGAGACAAAGGCGGGCACAAAGCCGCUGGGGCUCUGCCGCAACCAUGCAAGAGUUGGAGCCAUGCUAAGCAGCAUUGUCAGACUUGGCACUCGAUUGCCAUUGCAAUGGAUGGCAGGCCUCCGAGCCCCGAUGAUGCUGAGGCCAGAGCGCUUCAAGGGGAGCUCGUGGAGCUGUGCCAGGACUUACACUGCCGUCCUUUCAUGCGAGAUUUCUGCACGGUUCUCCAGAAGUUUGGCCAGGUUUUGACCCUGCCGGCUGUGCCCGAAGAGGCUCGCAAGGCGGCCCGCGUGGCCAUCGACUUCUUGAGGCCGUAUGCAGAUGUGGAGAGGAGCCUGGAGUUCUUCUUGUCCAACCACACGGAAGAGGGCCUCGUCCGCCGCUUUGGCCAGGCCGUUCAGCGCGGCCUCGCUGCGGCGCAGUCCGAAGGCGUCCAGGACCUGGGGCCGGAACUGCUCCAGUCUUGGCAAGAUGCUGUAGACAGACUCGAACAGAAGUGCCAUGAGAUCUUCGAGCUGCACUUCUACUCUGUGUUCCUGGAGGUCAAGGGCGAUCGCGCGCUGCUUGACCAGACCUUCCGCUCACUGGGCGGCCAGCUGCAACUGUCCCGUGGGUCUCUUCUAACCUGCCUCGAGCGAACCAGGCCAUGGGCCGAGGUGGCCCUGAAGGUUCUUGCGAAACGGCAGAAGUCGCGGCUAUUAGAGAGGCUCCAUGCGAGCACGUUGCGUUCCUGGAGGCAGAUUUGGCAGGACACCCCCCGACCGCCGGAGACGGGCAAGCUGGGCGCCAAAUUCUGGGACAACAACUUCAUCCACCUCUAUAAGAUUGCUUGGCCUGAUCUGGUGGAGGCUUUUGAAAACUUCUAUCUCGUCGGGCGUUGCCCGAUGGACCUGGUUCGACAGCUUCGGUUGCGGGUGGAUCCUCAGUUCUCCCACCAGGUGACCAAAUUCGCCUUCCAGACGCUCCUCAAGGGCCACACCAGGAUAGCUGACAUCUUGGACAUGCUCAUCGAUGAGGUGUUGAGGGACAUCUCCAGCUGCAUCUACAGGUCGAACCCAGCAGAUGACGAGGUCAUCGACGUUGACGAGGUCCCGCCGCCGGCCCGUGCUCCUCCACGUCGCUCCAGUCGCUCCGAGCACCAGGCCGUGGCUGAGCGGACCAGGAAGGCUUCUGGAUCGCCUGGGUCAUCGCAGCUGCAGGUACAGCCAUGGGUGCCGUUCGCCCACAGCCCAUCAGACGAUGCCGACAUGGCGAUCCCCACGCCCAUCGACGUUCGGCAUCCUACAGGGCCUGGCGACCGGGCCCGCGAGGGCCCACGCCGGCGGAGGGCCUGGGAUGAGUACGCUUCCGAACUCUGUGCCAUGCACCGGCCUUGGUGGAAUGCCGCUCAGGACGAGGUGGACCACGAGCUGCGAGAGUCCGCCCUGCUCACUGUCGACAGCUGCAUCGCUGCCACGCGGAAAGCGCUGGCCUUCCGCGUCGUCAGCGGUGACCUGGGCACCGACCAGCCUGCGCUGGCUCUUCCCGGCGAGGGCGAUGAGGAGAAGAUGCAGGUGGGCGACCCGGGCUCACCGCGGCCAGGGGAGGCCGCGGCAGACCUGCACUCGCUGCCCGCGCUCGCCGUGGUGGCGAAUGGCACCCGCUUCAGUGGAGUGACCAAGUUCGGCCGCAGCUCGUCGCGGAGGACGCUGGUGCCCGACUUUCCCAUGUUGGAGGCCAUUGCCUCGCGUUCGCACUUCAACGUCGUGCACGAUCAGGAGAGCGACCAGUUUCACAUCAUGGACGCUGGGUCAAAGUGGGGCACCUUCCUGAAGAUCAGCUCCAGCGUCACGCUCAGCUGCGGCGACUGGAUCCGCGUAGGUGGAGUCGAGUUCAUCGUCCGCUUCUGCGGAGGAGGUUGCCGCUGCCAGAAAAGCCACCGGCACUACCGCUUGCAUUCCCUGCGGCUGAUGACCAGCCGGGCCUGCAGGAUGAGCCUUUCCAGGCUGACCCCAACCUUUCCAGAGAUUCCUGAGGAGCCAGCGUCACCAAGGUCCGACACCUGCUCCAUGAAGAAGGACGACAGCGCUGCGUGCCCAGGUGUUUCUCGGCCGGUGGAGCUGAGAAGGACAUCGGUGGCAGAAGGCACCGAGGAUGGUACUGAGGACGGAUCCUCGGAUGAGGAGCUUGCAGAAGGAAGGCUCGAGAGCGAGCUCAUGCUGACGCUCAGCUCCCGGAAACCUCGGGGGUGGCUGUCCACGGCGGCGCGCCACAGCCAGGAGGCGGCAUGCCGGCCUCAGGAGGCCUCCGCGGCGCAAGAGGUUGGGAUUCGGCAGCGCUGGGACUCACACAGGCCCGGCACGUGUGUGCCCAUUGCGCCCUUGGAGCUGGACUUCAUCUCAGGUCCCCGGAUGGGUGAGAAGAUCGUGCUUUGCGAACGCGUCUGUACGCUUGGCCGGGGCGAAGGCAAUACGAUCCAGGUCACAGACUCGCAGCUGACCUCCGUGUCGCGUGUGCACUGCAUCUUUGAGUUCUCCGGCAACCGGUGGCGGAUGCGCGACAACAGCUCGACCAAUGGCACGUGGAGGCGCCUCAGCUGCGUCUUGGAACCUUCGGAGGCUGUGCCGGUGCACGGUCCGAUGUCCAUCCAGGCUGGCACGCAUGAGUUCUUCGUGAAGCCCACCGAGAUGAGGCAGUGCCUUAUCCCCUCGCCUGGACGAUCAAUUCUCGAGGAUGCAAACCUCUGA